AUGGAGUUCUACGACAUCCUGCAGAUUCUGAAGCCUGGAAAAAAUUUUGAUAGUAAAUAUCCCAAAUUUGCUGGAAAUCCACGCAAUGUGCACCUAGGAUUAGCUUCUGAUGGGUUUAAUCCAUUUGGCACAAUUCGGUUUGCAUGCCCUUCUUGUAACAUAAACACUCAAUCUAGAAGGCUCAGACAUGGGAGAAAGUUUUGUUACAUGGGGCAUCGACGCUUCUUGAAGUCGGGACACAAAUAUCGGAAUGAUGCAAAAUCAUUUGACGGGACUAAAGAAUCAAGGCCUGCACCAUGUCCAGUAUCUGGGUUACUAGUGCUGAAUCAAGUUAAAGAUAUAAAAUUUACUCUCUGCCAGUCAAGCGAAGGGUCUAAAGACAACUUAGAAGCUCGAUUGGACUUGAAGGAGAUGAAAAUAAGGCCAAGUUUAUGGCCUCAAUAUCGAGCUAGUAGGAGAGCAUAUCUUCUAGCUACGUUUUUCACAAUGUCUCCGAAUGAAAAGGAGUUAUUUUAUGAAGUUCUACAAAAUGCCAAGUUUCCAGAUGGCUAUGCGUCUAAUAUCUCACGUUGCUUUCUCAAACGAAAAAUAUCUGGGCUAAACACUCAUGAUUGUCAUGUUAUAAUGCAAGAACUUCUUCCUCUUGCCUUGCGGAGAUCAGUAGAUAAAAGAGUUAGUUCCAUUUUAAUUGAACUAUGCACAUUCUUUCGUGUUCUGUGUAGCAAAGAACUAAAACUAGAAGAGUUAAAGUUACUUGAAGAAAAUAUUCCAGAAACAUUGUCUACUAUGGAGAAACGUUUCCUCCCAGGAUUUUUUACUGUUAUAAUAUACUUGGUUAUUCACUUGGCAACCGAGGCUAAACAUGCGGGGCCGGUACAUUAUCGCUGGAUGUAUCCAAUUGAGAGGUUCUUGGGUACUUUAAAAUCAUAUGUUCGUAAUCGUGCAUGUCCAGAAGGUUCAAUAGCAGAAGCAUACACAGCAAAUGAGUGUAUGGUAUUUUGUUCACGAUAUUUGGAGGGUGGAGAUUCAAGGUCUUAUUGUUCAAAAAAAUGCGGUGAUGGGAUUGAGCAUGAGAAUAGUAAAGAAGAAUGUCUUUUUCCAAUUGUUGGGGAGCCGUACGGUGGAGUAGAUGUAUUUGAGUUGGAUGAGAAAACAUGGCUGCAAGCAUAUCGACAUUUUCAAUUGGAACAUAUUGCUGAAAUCAAGAGAUCACAUCGUAAGCGUCGUGUGACACAACAUCAACUUGACUGUGUGCAUUUCGAUACAUUUCAUAAGUGGUUCAAGGAGCAAGUAAAUGAGUUGGAAGCCACAUCUAAGAUCUUAAAAGAUGUUAAAGUCCUUGCACAAGGGCCGAGUUACAUUGCAAAAAGAUUCACUGCAUUCGAUGUAAAUAACGGAUUGAAUGAUAUUGUGGAGUUAAACUACUAUGAAAAAUUUAAGGUUGUCUUAUUUAAGUGUGAUUGGGUUGAUGUAACUAAAGAACAAGCUCAACAAGUAAUAUUUGUACAAGAUGCUCAAGAUCAUGAAUGGUUUGUCCCUAGGUUAAUUAAACCUCGAGAUAUUUUUAAUAUGGGAGAGGAAAAUAGUUUGCAGUUUGAGUCAUCAAUACAGAAUGAUGCCACUGACUUGGCUCUCUUAGAAAAUGCUCAUGUUCUCGAAGAUGAGUAUAAUGAUUGGGUAAGAAGUGGUGUCGGUGGGAUUGUUAUUGAUACAAACGCACAUUCUCAAGCUUCUCUAAAUGAUGGUGAAGCUAAUGUUGAGGGAGGAAAUGACAUUGAAAAUGAAUGUGAUUCUACAUAA